GGAGAGGCAGGGAUGCAGGGAUGGGGAAUGCAGAGGAGGAGACCUGUUGUGGCAGAGAGGGCCAGGGAUGGGGAAUGCAGAGGAGGAGACCAGUUGUGGCAGAGAGGGAAAAAGGAAGGGUGAGGGGAGAAUAAUCGGAGGGGAUAGAUGGAAGUCGUCGAAAUGUGGAUCUCGUUGGGCAUGACCACUGCAGUGAAGUACGGCGAAGGGUUCGCCAUGCGUGACGGGCCUCCUCAUUUGGGACUGUGGUCAGGGACGAGAUUGAGAAGAAGGAGAGCAAAGAGAGGGGUAUGUCAGGCCCAUGUUGAGGAGAUGGGAGAGUCUGGGAGCAAAAUGCGAAGGGAUCCAGCAGUGGAUGACAAUACAGUGAGGGAGAAGAGGAGAGUUCCUACGAAGAAUCCAGAAGGGGCUAGCUGGAGGUUGAUGCCAAUUAUGAGAAAGAAAGGAGGAAACAGAUGGGAACGAGAGAGCAGGGUGGAUCAGGCUUGCAGCAUGGAGUGUUUUCUGGCACGGGGCUGGUGAGCAAUCAGCUAGGAAAGAUCGAGAUGGGAGAUGGAGGGGACAACUCUUUUCAUACAUGAAGCAUAAAUUAUGUUCGCUAAGCUGAUACCUUCAAGCAAUCUAUGUUGGGAGGCAGGUAGAAGGAAAAAGAUGAGAUCAUAGGAGCAUUUUGCGAAAUGGGUAGGAGGAUGGAUAGGAGGUGGCGGCGGAGGGGGAGGUGUAGGUGGGGUAGGUGGAGUUAUGGAAGAGUAGAAUUCAUGUGCAAUGGGCUUGUUGCACCCCCAAAGGAUCAGGGAAUUGGACGAAGACAAUCAUGGUGGAUGGUGGAUUUUAUGGGCAUAAGCCGCAUAACUAAUCAUGCACCACAUGCUCAUGGGAGAGACAGUCGAAGAACGAACAAUUGCAGGUUGCAGGAGGGGAGUGGCUAUAUCUAGGACCACGAAGGGAACAUGCGCCGGAUCGGAGAGUCGAAAAGGUUCAGCUAUCUCCUGUGCCCAAUUUGCUAGCUUAGGCUUGAACUUCGCCUGCGCUGCAAGCCAUCGUAGUGUCUUGUCGUAUGAAUAAACCUUGACAUGUCUUCCUAGGAGAAAGUGUCGUCAAGGCUUCGACUCGCCGUACAACGAGUUCUGGCCAUCAUGUUUCCAGCAAGCUCAUAUGGCACCCGUGCAUUCACGGCGAUCCUCGUCAAAGGUACUGGCAUGUGCAGCAUCUAGCAGAUGCGUGGGUGAGAUUGAAAAUGACUCGGGACAUGGCUUGUUCAUGUUUUGUGCAUUGAGUGCUACGUAGAGGUGGAAGUUACCGUUUAGGGACCAGGAACGGUAUUCACAAGGUAAAUGAGAGGGACAGGUAUGCGCAAGGGGGGGAGAAGCAGGAGGUUGGUUCGGAGAGCUGGAAAGGCAAGCAAGCAAAGCGCUCAGGAGUGAUGUUUUGGACCAGUGAAGCACGCAUGCGGCCAGUGGGAGAUAGUUUGGGAUUUCACGGUUGGGUGGAUGUCGUCGUGGCGAGACAGGAGGGAUGACAUGUCCAAGUAUCCGAUACCUGGGAUGCGGGUCUACAAGCAAAGCAAGCAUUCCACGAAUGGAAGAUAGUUUGAGCAAGCAUUCCACGAUUGGAAGAUAGUUUGGGAUUUGGAGGUUGGCUGGUUGUUAUCUCGGCCUGAUAGGAAGGAUGUGUGGGGUAAGUGUACCUUGGAUGAAGGUCUACCAGCAAAACAGGCAUUCCAGGAAUGAGAACGAAGCAAGCAUUCGGCCAGUGGAAGAUAGUUUGGGAUUCGAUGGUUGGGUGGAUGUUGUCGUGGCGGAAUAGGAAGGAUGCAUGGGCCAAGUAUACUAUACCUGGGAUGAAGGUCUACCGGCAAAGCAAGCAUUCUGCGAAUGGAAGAUAGUUUGAGAUCUGAAAGCAAGCAUUCUGUGACUGGAAGAUAGUUUGGGAUCUGAAGUUUUGGUGGAUGUUAUCUUGGCGCGAUGCACGGGGUAACUGUAUCUUGGAUGAUGGUCUACCACCCAAGCAAACAUUCCAGGAAUGAAAGAUAGUUGAGGGCUCGACGGUUGGGUGGACGUCAUCGUGGUGCGGCUCAGCGGUUGGGUGGAUGGCAUCUUGUGGCGUGAUAGGAAGGAUGCAAGGGGUGAGUGUACCUCCGAUGAAGGUCUACCAGCGAAGCGGGUAUUCCGCAAAUGGAAGAUGGUUUGACGCUCGAUGGCUGGGUGAAUGCGGUCGUGGCGCAGCUUGACGGCUGGGCGGAUGUCAUAGUGGCGUGAUAUUCCAUGAAUGGAAGACAGUUUGGCGCUCGAUGACUGGGUGUAUGUUGUUGUGGCGCGGCUUGGCAGCUGGGCGGAUGUCAUCGUGGCGUGAUAGGAAGGAUGCGUGGGGUAAAUGUACCUACCUUGGAUGAGGGAAGACCUGCAUAGGGAACCUGUCAGUGUAUCGUACUCGUGCAUGUCUGAGCGCGACAUGCUGAUUACCCGUAGAGCUCUGUUGGCUUGGGAAGAAGGUCCUUGUGGAAGCGUAAAGGCUGAUGGAAAUAAUGAGUCUGUCCCAUGGAGUACAAGGCAUCUUUUGUGGCACUUAGCAUUAGUUUGUACAUAUGCAUCGCGUUUGUUCUUUGCCGCCCAGUCGCUUGGUUCAAUUCAAGGCUUCUGCUGCCCUGUGUGUCCGUGUCAGAGGAAUGUACGUUCACUUUGUUAAGGUCGGACCCUGCGGCCACUAUUCGGUGAGAAGCUGGCAGCCUUCUCCAGUUGUCUUAUUAGCCAGACGUGACAAGUAAAUAAUUUGGCGCAGAAUAGUAGCAUGGGGUCCUGGUGGCCCUUUUAUGUGGUGUGCUUCAGAGAAUCUAGUAAAGGAGCAGGAUUUGG